AUUCCACCGUUAUGAGCGACAGUGUAGGAGUAGGACUUGUAAAUGUUAACGGGUUGGAAGCUCUAUAAAGAAUACAUAUGGAAGUUUUAAUAUAUCACUCUUACUCAAUCAUCCUCUUCAUAGAUGAGAAACUUUAGUGUGUUUUUUUCUAAAUAGACAAGAGUUGAAUUUGAAAAUAAAAUCUAUUCAAUCAUUUUUGAUGAGGAUGUUAUGAUUAAUACCACUAUGAAAUUAAUGGAAUCUGUGUGAAAUGUAAGAAUACAGUCAGAAAUUAGUAGAUAAAAUAUAUGCAUGUAUAGACGUGCUGCUUAAAUAUAUUCACAAACAAUGCAGGUCCAGACUCUCGAGCUUGAUGUAGAGUGUCCCACACCAGCCUCAUCACAUCACCUUGCAGAAUCACUGUGUUCUAUGCCAAACCUGACUGACCUGACGCUAGGAAGGAAAAUCAAUGACGAGCUCUGCUUUGCUUUGAAAGCAAAGGCAUCAUCCAUACAGGUCCAGACUCUCGAGCUUGAUGUUGUUGAGUGUCCAACACCGGCCUCAUCACAUCACCUAGUAGAAGCACUGUGUUCUAUGCCAAACCUGACUAACCUAACGCUUGGAAGGAUAAUCAAUGACGAGCUCUGCUUUGCUUUGAAAGCAAAGGCAUCAUCCAUACAGGUCCAGACUCUCGAGCUUGAUGUUGUUGAGUGUCCAACACCGGCCUCAUCACAUCACCUAGUAGAAGCACUGUGUUCUAUGCCAAACCUGACUAACCUAACGCUUGGAAGGAUAAUCAAUGACGAGCUCUGCUUUGCUUUGAAAGCAAAGGCAUCAUCCAUACAGGUCCAUUCUCUCAAGUUUUAUGGUGUCGAGAGUCUCACACCAGCCUCAUCACAUCACCUAGCAGAGGCACUGUGCUCUAUGCCAAACCUCACCGACCUGACACUCGCUGAGGAGGAUCUCAAUGAGGAGUUCUGCUCUACAUUGAAAGCAAAGGCAUCAUCCAUACAGGGUUGUUUUCCUCAGAUCAGGAAUGGAAACUUCAGGUUCAAUGGAGCUGCUCAAGAUGACUUGAACUCAUUUAUUCACACCCUCACUCGUUUGCAAAGUUGUAGCAGGCCUUACAAGAGGCAAGCUCUUUCUACUCAAGAGGUCUACAAGAUGAUCCUGAAAUUCCAGAGAAGCAACCAAAGUAUGAAUUCUAGUUGGUAUGGUAUUGGUAGAGUAAGACAAUGUCCCAGUGGUAACACUUCAUCUUGACUUUUUACAGGGCUCUAACUUUUCUUUUUUGAAAGGAGGUUCUAUUUAACUUUUAACAGUCUGUAUGUAUGAGUCCUAAGUAAAAACUUCCAAAUUUGGGGGGUCCGGACCUUGAUGAGUACAGUCCACUAUCUGGUGUUAUUGUGUAAAUUUUCGAGAAAGAGAUUAUGACAUUGUCACAAUGUUUGAAAACAUGUGAACAGCCUAUGUAGAAAGUGAUGCGAAAAUAGGAUACGUUUUGUGAAUGUGUACUCCAUAAACAUGUGAACGGCCUAUGUAGAAAAUGAUGUGAAAAUAGGAUAUGUAUUGUGAAUGUGUACUCAAUAAGCUCAAAACAGAGUAGCAUCAAGAGCCCAUUGUGUACUUGUUUUAUGAUUGAAGGGAUCAUUUUUUUCUGGAAACUAUUUUGAAAAUACUCUAAAUUUUAGGUCAUUUUUGACUCGGCUAUGAUCAUGCAUUAUGCCUGUGUAUAGAAGGUGACAACACCAGGGACUAGUAGUUAUAAUGAUAAUAACAGUGGCUUCUGAUAUAGUACACACGCCAUCAAGCCAUGACACUCCUGGCGCUCAAACAUUAUUACCAUGGUCCUAGGCAGCGGCCAAAUAUGUAGCACUUUUGGCAUAUCAGGUGCCUAUUUAUACUGGGGUUGAGAGUGGAUGAAUGCCUUGUCAAGGAUGUUAGUGCAUUAGACACUUUAUGUAGUGCAUGUACCAAGUAUAUGUUAGUGCACGCCUGCACGGCCCUAUUGUAAAACAGCUUAACAGCUGAACUGGGCUUUUACCGUGAAUAAAUCAAAUCAAAUCAAUAUGUGUAUUGUAGACUUGUACCAUUUUCAUUUUAGGUGAUUUGUAUGCAAUGUAUGAAACCACUCAACUUUCACAAAGUGAGUUAUGAAGUUAAGUAUAUAAUAUUUCAAAUUAUCAUAUCAAAAUAUCCCUGUAUAUGUCAUUGUCAUUGACAUGUUCUAUAUAAAUACAAUUUAUGAAGUAGAAUCUAAAUUAACUUGUGAAUUACCAGAAAUGACCUAGAUGUUAAGAGCCACAUUGCUCUAGUUAUCAUGUCAACAAACUUGAUAGAACUCAGUAUACGGUACUUGAGAACUAGCUUUGUCUGGUAAGGGUGUAUGUCAUAGGCCUCAGUUAUCAGUGUAACGUCUUAUCUGACAUGGAUUGUUGUUUGUAAAUUUAGAGCUACAUCCAGUUCUAGAUUUUAAUAUCCAUCUGAAGAAAUAUUUUCCAGGAUUUACUUUACAUCACUCCAGUGAAUAUGUAAAUAUGCUGCUAUAAUUUUAAGAUACAUGUCUCUU